GGUGACGUCAUCGUGCGACCAAGUUAAGGAAGCUGGAAGUUUCUCAACAGGGCGACAGCACUUACAGCAACAGUUGUUCAUUAGGAAGCUACGAGUUGUGGAGAAGAACCCGAGCGGAGGCUGACUGUAUAAUUGAUUUAGUGUUUAUUAUUGUCAGAGGAAGUCGUCUUUGUCCUCUUCAGGUCGUAAGCAGGAAGACGAGCAGGGCGAAAAGUCGUCCCACAUCAGUUACUAACAUGCUAGCCUCCAGCCUGCUGGCUAACUACUGCACCGAGCUCCACGACGACCAGGCGCUUAAGGUGGAUAAAUACCUGCAUCAUCUUCAGCUCUCAGAUGAGACUUUGAUGGAUUUGUCAAUACGAUUUCGACGAGAGAUGGACAAAGGCUUGUGUAGAGACACCAACCCCACAGCUGCUGUCAAGAUGCUGCCCACAUUUGUGCGCUCAACCCCUGAUGGAACAGAACAAGGUGAAUUCCUGUCCCUUGACCUUGGUGGAUCCAACUUCCGAGUGCUCUUGGUCAAAGUCAUGGCUGAUGGCAAACAAAAGGUGGAGAUGGAAAAUCAAAUUUAUGCCAUCCCUGAACACCUCAUGAGAGGCAACGGGUCUGAGUUAUUUGAUCACAUAGCUGAUUGUCUGUCUAAUUUCCUGGAAAAGAUGGGCAUAAAGGAAAAAAAGCUGCCUCUGGGCUUCACCUUCUCUUUUCCCUGUCAGCAGACCAAGUUGGAUGAGAUCCCUCAAACAUUUACACUGUUCGUGGAAAAAAGUGUUUUGAUGUCUUGGACCAAAGGCUUCAAGUCCAGUGGAGUGGAGGGAAAAGAUGUGGUCAGCCUUCUGAGGAAAUCCAUCAAAAAACGAGGGGACUUUGACAUUGACAUCGUGGCAGUGGUUAAUGACACAGUGGGAACCAUGAUGACCUGUGGCUACGAGGACCAUCACUGUGAAAUUGGCCUCAUUGUAGGAACGGGGACCAAUGCCUGCUACAUGGAACAGAUGAGGAACCUUGAUGUGCUGGAUGGUGAUGAGGGGCGGAUGUGUGUUAAUACAGAGUGGGGUGCUUUUGGAGAUGAUGGUGCCUUGGAGGACCUGCGCACUGACAUUGACCGAGAAAUCGAUGCAGGCUCUCUGAACCCUGGAAAACAGCUGUUUGAGAAGAUGAUCAGUGGCAUGUACCUGGGAGAACUGGUCCGUCUCAUCAUGGUGAGGAUGGCCAAAGAGCAGCUGCUGUUCCAGGGCAAGACUACAAAAGAGCUCCUCACCACCGGAAGCUUCAACACCAGAUACAUCUAUACUAUUGACAACGACAAAGAUGAGGAAGGUCUGACAAGUGCUGAAGAGGUGCUUCGGGGCAUGGGUCUAGACCCAUCGGUUGAGGACUGCAUCACCACUCAGAGAGUGUGUCAGAUAGUGUCGACACGGGCCGCACACUUGUGUGCUGCCUCGCUAGCAGCAGUGCUGCGGCAAAUCCGGGAUAACAAAGCGGCUGAGAAGCUGCGUACUACUAUUGGAGUAGAUGGCUCUGUUUACAAGAACCAUCAAGAGUUUUCCAGGAGGCUCAACAAGAUGGUGCGAAGACUUGUGCCAGACUGUGAUGUACGUUUUUUGCAGUCACAGGAUGGCAGUGGGAAGGGUGCUGCCAUGGUAACAGCAGUAGCUUACCGUCUUGCUGCUCAGCAUGCGGAGCGUCAGCGGGUCCUUGACACCUUACGUUUGAGCCGUGAACAGUUGCUGCAGGUGAAGAAACGCAUGAGUGAGGAGAUGGUGCGAGGCCUAUCAAAACAAAACCAUGAGCAGGGAAGCGUCAAGAUGCUGCCCACCUAUGUCAGAUCAACGCCAGAUGGAACCGAGCAUGGAGACUUCUUGGCUUUGGACCUCGGAGGUUCAAGCUUUCGGGUGCUGCUGGUGCGAAUGCAAAGUGGAAAGAGACACAACGUGGACAUGCACCACAAGAUCUACAGUAUUCCACAGGAGACCAUGCAAGGCACAGGGGAAGAGCUUUUCAGCCACAUUGUGAAGUGCAUCGCUGACUUUCUUGAGUACAUGGGCAUGAGAGGAGCAUCCUUACCUCUGGGAUUUACAUUCUCUUUCCCUUGCCAUCAAAGCAAACUGGAUCAGGGGAUUCUUUUGAGGUGGACAAAGGGCUUCAAAGCCAGUGGCUGUGUGGGAGAAGAUGUCGUUAUGUUACUUAAAGAUGCUGUCCGCAGACGACAGGAAUUUGACUUGAACUUUGUGGCGGUGGUUAAUGACACAGUGGGAACCAUGAUGACCUGUGGCUAUGAAGACCCCAAAUGUGAGGUGGGACUCAUCGUAGGCACAGGCACCAACACCUGCUACAUGGAGGAAAUGCACAACAUUGAAUUGGUGGAUGGGGAUGUAGGUCGUAUGUGUGUCAACGUGGAGUGGGGAGCAUUUGGUGACAAUGGUGAACUUGAUGACUUCUGCACCCAGUUUGAUCAUAUUGUCGACGAGUGCACCAACAAUCCGGGUAAACAGAGGUAUGAGAAGAUGAUCAGUGGCAUGUACCUGGGGGAGAUAGUGAGAAACGUGUUAAUGGAUUUUACUGAGAAGGGGCUGUUGUUCAGAGGCCAACUGUCUGAGCGACUCAAGACCCGGGGCAUCUUCGAGACAAAGUUCCUGUCACAGAUUGAAAGAGACCGUCUGGCAAUGCGACAGGUCCGGUCAAUUCUGCAGCACCUGGGUCUCACCAGCUCCACGUGUGACGACAGCGUUGUGGUGAAGGAGGUGUGUAGUGUGGUGGCGCGGCGUGCGGCUCAACUCUGUGGUGCUGGUUUAGCCGCUGUGGUCGACAAGAUACGACAGAACCGCAACUUGAAUCAGCUCUCCAUCACCGUGGGAGUGGAUGGCACCCUUUAUAAGACACACCCUCAUUUCUCCAGUGUCAUGCAAGAAACGUUGCAGGAUUUGGCUCCGCAGUGUCAGGUGACUUUCCACAAGUCAGAGGACGGAAGCGGAAAGGGAGCAGCGCUGAUCACAGCGGUGGCCUGCAGGGUCAAUAAUGAAGGUCACCAUUAAAUAACCAAGACGUUAGUGGUCUGGUGGAAUCGUACUUUUCCUCUGUUGUUCCUAAAUGUUUCUUUUGAAUUUAUUUGAUUGAUUGUGUGUGGGGGUUCAUAUGCAUCUACGAGAAUGGGCUUGAACAUAUUUAUGGGUUGAGCUGACACUAAGAGGUCAGCUGAUGUUAGACGAAUGGCACCUUCUAUUAAACAUGUCUGUUACUGUCUGAUCUUUCUUCUUCUUGUUUAUGACGUCUGUGAUCUGUGUUGACUCUAUGAACAUUACAAAGUGCUUCUUGAUGAAAAUAAAAUACAAAAAGCUGGAAAGAAAUGGUGAGUAGUUAUGCUAUAGCCGAACCAGGAAACAGAUUCAAUCCUUUAACUAUAUUUUCCAUUCAGAGUUUUUUUUAUUCUUAAUGUUACAUCGCUUGUCUUCUCAGUUUGAGUUGAGCAUCUGCCAUUGAUAAGAAAUACGUUAGAUUGACCAGGACAGGCUGAGAGAUAACUGGAACCAAAGCUUAGUCAAAUGCUAUUGAGUUCUAGCACAUGUCUCAAACCUCUGUGCAUAGCCCAGUGCUGUCUCUUAGCAUGUAGUCAAAUGUCUAGAACAAGCUUAUUGUGAUGCAAUUAAAUAGAGCUUUUGAAGAGCAAUUUGUCCCAGUACUUUUAGACAUGUUUAUAUAUUUUUUCUCUUUAGAAUUCUAUGAAUUAGCACCUUUUAGCUGGUACAUUGUACAAAGACAAAAAAAAAUUGAGUUCUGCUCUGUUGCUUUAGAGAGAAAUUUUAUAUUAUUACUGAAUCAGAGUGAAGUAGCAUUUGUGGUUUACCUGUAAUACCAUUAAUCGUGAAAUUCUCUUUAUGAAAUAAAUGCUUUUUGACUUGUG